ACAAUAGACAUGUCACCAGAAAGACAGCCCAGCAACAACACUCAAAGACAGCAGCUCCUUAAGCUCAUCAUCCAACGAACCCAUCAACACCGCUUCCAACAAUUAAUCUCAAUACUUGUACCGUCCUUUGUCAUGAUGCGUUCCCCCAAGACACUUCCAGAGAUACCCUCUACUUGGCCAUCGGUCCUCGUCAACCCCAGCUAUGCUGAAUAUACCGGGGCCCAUAAGACAGAUAAAGGUUCGGAGGAGCUGUGCACCUGCGGCUGCGGUCAGGUACUGUCUUCUGAAACCAUACACAACAAUGGAUCGACAGGCGGCAGCGAUGUCUCUGGGCAGAAGAGUCCUUUGCAGCCACAACUGUCGGACCUUUACUAUCGGCUUGCUUCAUUCCUCGAGUGCCAGAUAUACAUGCACAACCAGACCCGGAACGAGCUAGUUCAGGUGGUCGCUGAGAGAGACAGGUACCAGAAAGGGUUCCAGAGACAAAACUACGACCUCACAAAUUGGGCGAAGACGUGUCACAAUCUGUACGAAACCUUGAACAGCUCCAGACAGGAGACUCGCAGAGUGGAGAAGCUGCUUGAAGAUGCACUCAACCGCGAGUUUGUCUUGGCGGCGGCAGUAGAUCAGCAGGACAAGCCAGUUGCAACGCAAAACGCGGGCGGCAGUGACAACACUUGGCGAGUUGAGAAACUGCUUGAAGACGCGCUCAACCGCGAAUUUGUUGCAGCAGGAGAUCAGGAUCAGCAUGUAGCGGGCAGUGAGGCUGUUGAGCAGGACAAUCGAUGGCAUUGCGCGUAUCUCGAAGAUGAGGAUCAAGACGAGGAUGAAGAUGAAGAAAUGUAA